UGGUAAAUGUUACGCAGUUAAAAGCGAAUGGACGAAUAUUAGCCAAUAAAUGGAUGUUUGUACAUGGUAUGAGACACGAAGGAAUAUACAAGAUGGCCAUAGUUAUGGUGUUAAUGGUGUGUGGAUGACUGAAUUAUUUACGUGCAUUUUGAAACACAUUGGGCGUAACCAAAAUGUACUUCCCAGUUGGCUGGCCCAAAGUAUUAAAUAUCCCGCAGUUAGGCCACUGUUCAAUCCGUCAAGUGAUUUGUAAUAGGGAUAAGAUUUUAUUUGCCAUACUGACAGAUGAUUGUUUGUCUGUAUGGUUUUGCAAGCCAUGUGUUCCUAUAGUCAUUCAUCGCAGAGCAUGUGAAUCAAUAGAAGACAUUGGAAUGAACGAACUUGUGGAAUGGCGCCCAGAUUCCAGUAUGCUUGUUGUUGCCACAUCGGGUGGUUACUUGCUUCUAUAUAAGCUUGGUGUAGUUGCUGAACAGAAGGGUCUGUAUGAGCAAGUGGAUUCACCACAUCCAAAUUUACGCAGGGAUAGUGCUGAAUUAUUUAUCAAAGAAGUCAUUCCACCUCUUCAUCUGACAUUGGAUGAAGAAGUUGGGAUUGAAGGGGGAAUCACCAGUAUGGUCUGUAUUCGCGAUGAGCUGAUGCUGGCGACUACUCGAGGUCAUGUGCUGAGAUAUAGAUGGGAUGGUUCUCAGAACAGAGAUUACUGUCUUGAUCUGAGAAGGGUGCCUUUCUGUAUUGACCAGCAAGUUUCUAAAGCAAUACCAAUUCUGGAAUCCAAUACGUAUAUUGUGGAUAUAGAAUAUUCACCUCUAGUUGGUGGAUUUGCUGUUGUUCUGAACGAUGGUCGGGCAGCAUUUCUUACAGCUGCUUCGUUAAGGUUUGACCCAAAUCAAGUGCAAGGUAUUUGGGCCCAGAAUAUAGAAGAUGCUACGUGUGCCAGUGUGAAUCAUAAAUAUCGUCUUAUAGCAUUUGGAAGGAAAAAUUCUCAGGCUGUGGUAUAUUGUAUUGAUGAGAGUACAGGUGGACUUGAAGUGUCGCACCAUAUUGUCCUGUCUAGUAAAGAUUACCCAGGCUCUCCUGGGCAUGUUCAAGGCAUUAGAUGGACUCCUGAUGGCUGUGCGAUGGCUGUGUCUUGGGAACAAGGUGGUCUCUCUCUUUGGAGCACAUUUGGGGCACUACUGAUGUGUACUCUUGGUUGGGAUUAUGGCCUACAUGUAGAUCUAGUACGUUAUAAUCCUCUGCAUAUACGCAGUAUGGAAUGGUCAGCAGAAGGAUAUCAGUUGUGGAUGGUGAAGCGACAACCUGACCAUGAUCCAGGGGGAAACAGCAGUUUGGACUGUGUUAUACAAUUAGAAUUUGUGAAGAGUGCAUUAACUGUAAACCCCUGUAUGAGUCAUCAGAGCCAUUUGUAUCUCCAAGGUGAAGAUCGAAUGUAUGUAAAUUUGGGUGACAAUUUGACCAAGGUCUACCAUGAACGUCCAAGGGACCAACUGUCUUCUCUGUAUGGCUCAGAUGACAUGUUUCGUGAUGUAGGGAAUCUAAUCGUAACCAGUAUGCUUACAGGAAGUAAACAGUGGACAGUUGUGCCAAUCCCAUCAGCCUACUCGGGCACUAACUGGCCUAUUAGAUAUACUGCCAUUGACUCUGAAGGUCAAAAUCUAGCUGUAGCUGGAAGAACUGGAUUGGCACAUUAUUCAAUGCUGUCUCGUAAAUGGAAGUUAUUUGGAAAUGAGACUCAAGAAAAGGACUUUGUUGUGACAGGUGGUUUGUUGUGGUGGCGAGACCAUGUUGUGAUGGGUUGUUAUAGCAUUUUAGAGAACAGGGAUGAGAUCCGUAUCUACCCACGAGAUACUAGAUUAGAUAAUAUGUUUGUAAAAAUGGCACGGGUUUCUGCUCAAGUUCUUCUUCUCAACACACUUCGCGAUAGGCUAAUCACCUUCUGUGCCAAUGGACAGAUUUCAAUUUACAGUUUAUCCAUGAAGGAAAACCAUUCAUUAGGUGGUGUUGAGGUGGGAAUCCUGCAGAGUGUGGAUAUCAGUGCAUUGUGUGUUCAUCCUGCUUGUGUUGUGUCUGUGACAUUAACGACCCUUCGUACAGAAACUGGUCGCCAUGCAUCAAAAGAGGUUGAAAGUAUUAUGCUGAAUGUGAGCGGCAGAUUGCUUAUGGUUCAGCGGGAACAGAACUGUAGGGAAGGAGAUGACAACAGUGAUGGCAAUGUGUUUCAGUCAUACACCUGUGCUCCUCCCACUGUUUUGGCAUCACGAGUGGAGAAUGUUUGGGUCCCUCGCAAGUCCCGACGUGAGAAACCUCACCUGACUGAAUCCCUGUGGCUGUUCUGUGGUGCUCAUGGAAUGAUGGUGUGGCUACCAUUGUUUCCCAGAGAUGGAGACAAAUCUCAUUCAUUUAUGUCCAAGAGAAUAAUGCUACCUUUUCAUCUCAGGAUAUAUCCACUAGCUAUUUUAUUUGAGGAUGCUAUACUCUUGGGUGCUGAAAAUGAUACAACGCUGUAUACUUCAGAUUCAAAUUCACCCUUUUCUCUACCCUUCUGUGUUCUGGAGCGAACAAGUCAAGUGUACCUCCAUCAAAUAUUGCGUCAGCUUAUACGCCGAAAUCUGGGCUUCCAUGCUUGGGAGAUUGCCCGAAGUUGUACCAGUCUUCCAUACUUCCCCCAUUCACUGGAGUUAUUACUUCAUGAGGUGCUGGAAGAAGAAGCGACCAGUAAAGAGCCAAUUCCUGAUGCAUUGCUGCCAAGUGUGAUUGAGUUCAUCCAAGAGUUCCCAGUUUACCUUCAGACAGUCGUGCAAUGUGCACGGAAGACUGAGAUUGCACUGUGGCCAUAUUUAUUCUCGGCUGCUGGCAAACCCAAAGAUCUCUUCCAGGAGUGUUUGGCAAGAAAACAACUGGAUACAGCUGCAUCUUACCUCAUUAUUCUCCAGAACCUAGAACCUUCCUCAGUAAGCAGGCAGUAUGCAACACUGCUCUUGGAUGCAGCUUUAGAUCACUGCAAGUGGGAACUAUCCAAAGAUCUUGUACGAUUUCUCAGAGCAAUUGAUCCAAAUGAUGUUGAAUCGCCUCGUGCCUCUUUCAUUCUUCCGUCCAAGUAUGGAGUGAAUCCACAGACUCCACCCAUCAGCCCUAAUGAGGAGGAUCUUUCUCUUGUUCUUGGUACAAUGCAGGUAUCUCGGGGCCGUAGUUACAGUACUACAACAUCCCCUAAAGUUCAGCAGAUUGAAUCAGGAGCUCCAUCAGUGACAGGACAUCACAGAGAUGCAUUGCGUUCCACCAGCAGUAGUGGAGAAUGCAGCAAGUCGGUUCCUUUGAGACGAAAGAAAUCUGUUCCUACUGGGCGGGGAGAUACAAGAGAGCCAUCAGGUUCAGCAGAAGAGUUCUUUAUAGAUGUUAUCUUGCAACGCCAUGCCCGUCGCCUUCUCUCAGCUCAUCGGUUAACUGAUCUUGGCCACUUUGCUGCACACCUGGAUUUCCAUCUGGUGGCAUGGCUUGGCAGAGAAAGGGAUAGAGCAGCCAGAGUGGAUGAUUUUGUGGCAGCUCUCAAACAACUACAUUCAGAUUUUAUGUGGCCAUAUCCAGUGCUUUGUCAUCCUGUAUCAUACUACUUGCAGUGGAAGAAUUCAGCCUCAGGCUCCUCACCAUCGUCUCCUACCAUUGAGGAUCGUAUGAAAUCCCUUACAGUGGAUGUGGUAAGCCCAGAUGCCAAUGGAAGAAGCAGGGUUGGAGAUAGUGGCUACAUGAGCUAUGCAGGUGGUCAGCGUGAAACAGUCCAUUCUAGUGCUGUUCCAGCCCCAGCAGUAGCAGGGUCGUCACACUAUACAGCCAGUGUGUCGAUGACCAGUGAAUUCCGAAGUAGUUCUAUUGUCGAAGCACAGCUUAUGCCUCAUCUUCUGCAAGCAGAUGAGAGCAGUAUGAUGAGUGAGGAGAGUUCAUUCUGGGGGGAUGAACGGGAGCAGUACAUGCCUGAUGCAAGUGAAAAUAGAUGGAGUGAUGUCCCAAGUACACUGGUCCUUGAACAGUUGUCACAAGAAUUAGCUAAUAAAGGUUCACCAAAAUCUGAAGUGAAACUCAGGUAUCUUCUACAGCUAUUUAUGGAGGCAAGCUGCUUAGAAUGGGCACUGUUGAUCUCUAUACUGCUGCAGGAUGCCAUGGCAGUUUUCCGUACCACAAACGCUGCUCGGUCAUCAGAUCAUUCUGUGGAGGCCAUUCUUCGUCUCAAGGAUGGUCUGGUGGCACUGUGUCAUUGGAGUGGCACUGAAUGCUUGGGAUACAAACCAUUCACAGUAGCCAUCCAGAAUGAAGUAGCUGUAUUGAAUAAGUUACUCAGCAGUAAACAACAGCAGCAGCAGAACACACUGUCGUCCUCAUCUUCACCGAGGUUAUCCCGUUCACGAAGGACAAGUUCUAAUCAGGAUGGAGGGAAUCAGUCAAGUAACGGACAAAUGGCUUUUGGAUCUAGUAACCUGUCAACAGUAGAGUGUGAUGGGAGGUUACCAGAAGGAACUGCAAGCCAAGACCGACCAAGCAUAGGAUCAAAGAAUACUGAUGAGACUGAUAUUGGGUUUGAGGGUAAUUUGGGUAAUGGAAGUGACAGGAUAAGCGAGAGAAAUGGUGCAGAUGAAAUGAGAGACCAAACAGUUAUGGAGGCAGCAAGGGAACAAGCAAUAGAAAGUACGGGUUGUGCAAUAUCAUAGUAGGAUACUGAUUUUCAAAAGCUGGUGUUGUCAAUAUCAUGGUGUCUGGGUAAAUUCCAAAACUGCAUUCCAGACAGAUGAGAUGGUCAGUCAUACCAUCAAAAGUGAUAAUGUAAGAGAAUAGGUGUGUGAAUAAGAGGAGAAAUCCUCAAGAGAGUGAUUAAUGUGAUGAUUUUUACUAUUUGUAAAAUUCAGAGAAUAGAAAUAUAAUUUACACCCUUUCCAAUAGGCCUAACUGACCAUUUGGUGAUGGAUCAGAGUUUUAGUACAAUGGAAUUUUAUUUGUAUAAUUUUUUUUGAGUUGAUAGUACAGCCUAAGGAUUAACAACGAACAGUAGUAUGUAACAUUUUACAAGAACUGAUCUUGAUGGUCUAGUGGUCAGAGUUCCUGGCUACAGAUCCAGAGGUCCUGGGUUCGAUUCCUGGUGCUACCCAAUUUUCU